ACACAACUCUUGUGAAACUUGUGAUCAAAGUUUCAUUCAAAUCACUAUUAAGAUUUUAAAGCAUUUUCUUCCUCAGUCUGUGAGUUUUAGGCUUCCAUUCUAAUUCAAGCUUGGCUUAUCUUAUCUGCAAUGCAAAGCAAUAGGAGAGAAAAAGCUAAAAUACAAAGGAAUCAUCUUUGUUUAUGUCUUGUUUGGAUUAUUUAAAACAGGUUUUAAUCAAUUUGACCAUGUUGUUUGGACAGUUUAUCCUGACAUAGGAAAAUUUUUGGGGAGAAAAGCUAAUGGCUUUUCAACAAUGGUGCUCUUGUUGGUUGGCCCACUAUUUUUCUUAGCCUUCACUUCACAAUUUUGAUGAGACAUUGUCUAUAUAUGUUGAAGAGGUUGUAGGCCUUCUUUUUCACAAACAAAGUUAACAGCUUUCCCCGGAAGCAUAAGCAAUCUCUAUAACUCAGGAUAUUGAUUGAAGGUCUUGUGGCUGAUUCUUGUAUUUUCUUUAGAAGUGUGUUGCGAAGAUAUGAAAAACUCGGAGAAGGUUGAUGCUGGAAACCUCUCAGACUCUGAGGCAUGCGUUUCUAUUAUCCAAAAGACAACAAACAUGGUAGGUGUUUCCACUGACGACGAAAACAUCAUACUGAAUCCUCAGUUUGAGGAUGGCCUGAAUAACUGGACUGGAAGAGGCUGCAAGAUUGCGUUACACGAUUCCAUGGGAGACGGAAAAAUCCUUCCAAAAUCCGGGAAAUUCUUUGCAGCUGCAACCGAGCGCACGCAAAGCUGGAAUGGAAUUCAGCAAGAGAUCACUGGACGAGUGCAGCGCAAACUUGCGUAUGAAGUCACUGCUUUAGUUCGGAUAUUUGGGAACAAUGUCAAUACUUCUGAUCUACGUGUUACAUUGUAUGUUCAAAAACCAGAUCUUCGAGAGCAGUAUAUAGGCAUUGCCAAUGUGCAGGCAACAAAUAAAGAUUGGGCUCAAAUGCAAGGAAAGUUCCUUCUAAAUGAUUCUCCCUCAAAAGUUAUUGUUUAUUUUGAAGGUCCUGCUGCAGGCACCGACAUUCUUCUAAAUAGUUUGGUUAUAAAGCAUGCUGCUAAAACACCACCUUCGCCACCCCCGGAUUUCGAGAAUGUUGCUUUCGGCGUUAACAUAAUCGAGAACAGCAAUCUGGAUAAUGGCACGAAUGGAUGGUCUCCUCUCGGUAACUGCACUUUGAGCGUUGGAACUGGUUCACCGCGUGUGAUUCCACCAAUGGCAAGAGACUCUCUUGGUCCUUACGAAUCCCUUAGCGGACGCUACAUUCUUGUAACCAACCGCACACAAACAUGGAUGGGACCUUCUCAGACGAUUACUGAGAAAUUGGAACUAUAUUUAACUUAUCAAGUAUCUGCUUGGGUCCGGACUAGUUCCGGACCUCAUGGCCCUCAGAAUGUCGGUAUUUCCCUUAGUGUUGACGGCCAGUGGGUCAAUGGAGGACAAACUGAAGUGGCUGAUAGCAGAUGGCAUGAAAUCGGCGGUUCAUUUAGACUUGAAAAACAGCCAUCUAAUGUUUUUGUUUAUAUUCAAGGUCCUGUUUCUGGUGUCGACUUAAUGGUUGCAGGACUUCAAAUUUUUCCUGUUGAUAGACAAGCAAGGUUUCGAUAUUUAAGGAAGCAAACAGACAAGAUUCGUAAGCGUGAUGUUACGCUAAAAUUUUCUGGUGUGGACACAUGCGAUUAUACCUUUGUGAAAGUUAAACAAAUAGAGAACGAUUUUCCAAUUGGAUCAUGCAUCACCCGAACAAAUAUCGACAAUGAAGAUUUUGUAGACUUCUUUGUGCAACAUUUUAACUGGGCUGUAUUCGGAAACGAGUUGAAAUGGUUUUGGACAGAGCCACAAAAAGGUAACUUCAACUACAAGGAUGCUGAUGACAUGUUAGACUUGUGUCAGAAAUACAAGAUCGACAUUCGUGGGCAUUGUAUCUUCUGGGAAGUGGAUGGCAAUGUUCAACAAUGGGUCAAAUCACUUAACAAAAAUGACUUAAUGACAGCUGUUCAAAAUCGCUUAAACGGAUUAUUAACUCGCUACAAAGGCAAGUUCAAGCACUAUGAUGUUAACAAUGAAAUGUUGCAUGGUUCAUUUUAUCAAGACAGGCUAGGUAAGGAUAUACGGGCGAACAUGUUCAAGACUGCGCACCAAGUCGAUCCAUCUGUUAACCUAUUUGUGAAUGACUAUCACGUCGAAGAUGGAUGUGACGCGAAUUCAUCUCCCGAAAAAUACAUACAACAGAUUCUUGAUUUGCAAGACCAAGGCGCCCCGGUUGGGGGAAUAGGAAUUCAGGGCCACAUUGAUAGUCCUGUCGGGCCUAUUGUUUGUUCUGCGCUCGAUAAACUUGCUACUAUCGGUCUACCAAUCUGGUUUACCGAACUUGACGUAUCUUCCACUAAUGAAUAUAUUAGAGGUGACGAUUUGGAAGUUAUGUUACGCGAAGCUAUGGCGCACCCGGCUGUAGAUGGUGUAAUACUAUGGGGAUUUUGGGAGUUGUUUAUGAGCCGCGACAAUGCGCAUUUGGUUAAUGCAGAAGGCGAAAUCAAUGAAGCCGGGAGAAGGUUCAUUGAUCUUAAACAAGAGUGGCUAUCUCGCAGUCAUGGUCAUGUUGAUGAACAAGGAGAAUUCAACUUUAGAGGAUUCAGUGGAAUGUACAAUGUGGAAGUUGUUACCUUGGAAAAGGUAACUUCCAAGACAUUUUUUGUUGACAAAGGUGAUUCUUCAUUGGUGAUAUCAAUUGACUUGUAAGCCUCAAGAACAAGUAUUAUGUUGUUGAAAUGAUAUGCAUUUGUGAUUAUAUUUUUUUUUCUAUGUGGUUUCAUGAAAAUACCAAGUUUGUAAUGUAAUGUAAAAAUUGCUGGAAUAAAAUAAUAUCUGUUGGUUU